AUGACCCAGACGGUCAACGAAAGGGAAGAUCCCCUCAAUCUGGGAGGAGGCGGCUGGGCAUCCUCCAUUCCAUUGCGCACUUGGUCCUCCUACCAUCGAAGGCAGAGGGGCUCUCAGAUGUCCAAGCGGCGGUACCGUGAUGGCACCAAAGCUGAGUAUGAAGCUCCCAGGAAACAACCCAAGCAACAGCAUAGCCCUGGCCCAUGGUUCCAACCUCCCAGAGGGCCCUACUCGGCGGUGUACUCCAACUGGGGACGCUGUGGAGAGCCCUGGCGCCCACCUCUGAUGGCAUUCCAUAGCCCCCUGUGCCCAGCGCAGAUGAUCCGAGCCUACGGUCUGCACCCGGUCUGCCUUUGCUGCUGUUGCUACUGGAGCGGGCCCUGGAACCCCUGUUGGGAGAGACCCCCUGGCAGAAAGAAGCGCUGGGGACGCAGGAGCCGUGGCCUGCGCCGCCAACCUCGUCGCUCCUUCCCGAGGAGCCCACCUAUAGACCUGAGCAAGCUGCUGCGGCCGGUCAACCUUUAUGGGUGGCGAGCGCCUGGGAUGAGAGCGCCUCGGAACACCACUCAGUUCAUCAUGAACCAGGUCUAUGAAGACAUGAGGCAGCAAGAGAAGAUGGAGCGCCAGCAGGCGGUGUUGAGAGCACAGCAAGCCCAGGCCAGUGGCACAACGCUGGGAGGCUUCACUGUCAACGAGGCACCUCACUGCAGCGUCGAGGAAGACGCCCAAUUGCCUGAAGAUCUGUAUGGCUUCAUGCAGGAUCCCUCUCUAACCUUCAGUCCUGCUCCAGUGCAGCAAAUCCCGUCUCCCACCCCACAGCGGGGAGAGGAGGAGGAGAAAAAUGAUGAGUGUGGAGAGGUGUGUGAUGAAAAGGAGGAGAGCGAGGAGGACGAGGAGGAGGAUAGAGAGGCAGAGGAUGAAGAUGUAGAUGAAGAGGAAGUCGAAGAGACUGACAAUAUGGAAGGAGAAGACGACCAAGAAGAUGAGGAUAUGUUGGAAGAGGAGGGGCUGGAGGCGGGGCAGCAGAGAGAGGAAGACAAAUUCUUGCCUCUGGGAAUGCCUUUGUCAAUCCUAGUAGGGGACGAAGAGGAAAGAGAGAACUUUAUAAACUAUGAUUUAUUAAGCCGAGAACAAAGAAUUCCCAAUGUGCCGGAGGCAGAUCUGUUUAUGGUACCAGACAUCGGACAUUAG